AUGUUUCAAAAGAUCAUCUCUUCUCCCAAAGUCGUUUCAUGUUUGUUACUCGUUGGUGUCAGCACUGCUUCAGCACUCGCCUAUCCUUCUUUCCGAUCGUAUUGCAAUGGUCCCAUGGUCGAUCGUUCUCUCAUGGAUCGAACCAAUCUCCAAAAACGUGUCAUUGUCAUCACAGGUGUGGCUCCUGGCGGAAUUGGCUAUGAAACUGCACGAUGUCUCUAUGAAAAGAAUGGAACGGUGGUGUUGGCGGUUCGAGAUGUGAAGAAGGGAGAAGAAACGAAACAACAAAUUAUUUCCAAUGUCAAGAAUCGUGAAAGCGAUGAAAAGAAUCGUGAAGGAGAGAUUUGUGUCAUGAAAAUGGAUUUAAAUGAUUUACAGAGUGUUUCAGAUUUUGCUCACGAAUUUCAUCACAAAUUUUCGAAAUGUGACAUGCUCAUUAAUAACGCUGGAAUUUCCAAUGUUCCUCAUGCUCUCUCGAAACAACAUGUGGAACAACAAUUUGCUGUGAAUCAUUUGGGACACUUUUUAUUGACUUUAUUGUUGUUGGAUAAAUUGAAAGAGUCGAAGGGAAGAGUCGUCGUGGUUGCGUCGCGGGCUCAUGAAAGUUACAAGCCAUCUUCGUUCAAGGUUGAAGACGUAUUGAAUAAUACAGGGUCUAACACUCAUCCACACGUGUUAUAUAGAAGAUCGAAAUUUGCCAAUGUCUUGUUCACAAAAAAGUUGGAUCGAUUGUUGAAAGAAGAUGCUGCUGAGCUGAAGAAUGGUGUCAACGAUCUUCAACAAGACAGAUGUGUGGCAGUUUGUUUACAUCCUGGACUCAUUGCUUCUCAUAUUGGACGUUACAGCACGUUGAUGAAUGUCAUGUUAUUGGUGUUGGGAACCUUGUUUGGAAAAACGCCCGUAUAUGGAGCACAGACCACAUUGUAUUGUGCUUUGGAAGAUCAACAGAAAUUACGUGGAGGAGCAUAUUAUGCAGAUUGUAAAGAAAAACCUUGUAAUCCAGCUGCAGAUUCUAUUCAAUUACAAGACGAAUUGUGGAAUACGAGUUUGAAAUUGGUUGAAAGUUAUUUGAACAAAUAA